CGCACUGUCCCUUUAAGUGGGCUCGGGGCUGCAGCCGCGCUUCAACCUUUCAACAUUUCCUCCACGGAUGCUUCCAGGCUGCAUUCAUCUUCUGUCGACCCCCUUUCAAUGUGGACAAUGACAGACGGGGAAAUGUGAUGUUGCGACCAUUACACUUCCUGGUGCGGAACUGAUUCGAUCCACGGGAAGAAGACAACAAAUUGUAGACGAUGGAGGACAAGCGCAAGAAGCGGAGCCCCAAAGUGUCCCUCCCGCAGCCCCCGCCUCCUCCCAUCAACCCACGCAAGCUCUCGGUCCUGCCUGCCAGCAAAAGCGCCACCUUCUCUCUCGGCCUGCCGCAGCCCCCGUCCCCUAAAAACCGAGGCAAGUACAAAAGGUCCGCAGGGGCGGCGGGACAGGCCAAAGAGGUGUUCGCGGGCGUGGUGGCUCCACCCAAGACGACCAGGGCCCACAAGGAGAGGCCCAGGCCCCCCCAGCCUGCAGGACCCAGUAAAGUAGUGCAGUCCUCCCCGCUGCAGCACUCCUUUCUUACCGACGUGUCUGAUGUGAGAGAGAUGGAAGGAGGCCUCUUGAACCUUCUCAAUGACUUCCACUCGGGGAAACUGCAGGCUUUUGGCAAGGUGUGCUCCUUCGAGCAACUGGAGCACGUGCGCGAGAUGCAGGAGAAGCUGGCGCGACUUCACUUCAGCAUGGACAGCCACGUGGAGGAGCUUUCCGAGGACCAGAGGAAGUGCGCCUCCGACCGCAACCUGGAGCACCUGCUCUGCAACCUGGAGGAGCUCAGCACCUCAAUGUAUCCUUUUCAUGUACUUAAUUCUGAAAUAACUAUAAUGUUUGUGGUAAUCUUUAAUGUGCAUAUUCAGACAAAAGCUCCACUUGGCUGAGAACCAGGACCUGUCCAAGACAUCUGCUCCCUGACGAAGUGAGGUGUUGAGAGGCCAUAAAAUCCCAGACGACAUAGGCCAUGCGGUCGCCAUAGUAACAUGAUGGACACAUCAUGUUACACAAGAGCUGUACUCUUCCCAUUAAGUCAUUGAAGGUGCGGGAACAAAACACGAUACCAAACUCACCAUGAGAAAUGAUAUGAAGAUGACUAAUGAUUGAAUCCAUUUUGCAAACAAAAAGGACAUUUUUUUUUUUUUUUUAUGGUGUCACAUUACCUUUGAAAACCACAUUAUGGUUUAGUCAGACACUUCAUCUUUGCUAAUAUUUUGAAUGGGAUGUAAUAAAAUUUCAAUAGAAGACAAUCUUCACCGGAAGAUCCAAAUGCACAAUUGAUGUGCUUCAGUAACAUGUUCAAGGUUUGUAAUACACAUUUCCAGUUAAAAUAACAAUGGACAAAUGUCAUUUUCUCUGUACUGUCUUUAUAUAUACUGUGUCUAUAUAUAUAUAUGGAAAUAUAAAAUGGCAGCUACUCCCACAGUUUUAGAUCAUUUAAAGGGUGAGUUUUUGCUCGAUGUGUGUUCCCUGACAGGCAAUUUAAAGUUAUUGCUGGCACAGGCCCUCAGCCCAACCAAUUCUUUUUUUGUCUCUUGUGAAUCUAUUAAUAAACACAUUUGGGAUUGCACUCACCCUUCAUUGUGCUGGAUAACAUAACUUGCAAAACCAGGCUAUGUAAAAAAAAAAAAUUAAAUCUAAUACCCACCAAAAACUAUGGAUCGGUUACCUAUUUUAAACAUGUACUGGAUACCCACAAGCAAGAUUAACAUGAUUUAAUGAGCCAAUACCCAAGCUACGUACUGUAAAUUAAAUAUUGUACUUUUACAAUGCUAUACUGUAUCACUGCUGAUUAGUUUACAAUGGUAAAUGGCACUGUAUCAAAUGAAGUGGUUGGAUAGUAUGCAUACUUUGUGAAAAAGGCACACGAAAGUUCAAUUUACAGAAAUAAAACACUUUAUAUUUAUA